AAGGGUUAAUCACCCUUCCUUUCUUCCGUGGCGAAGGCAUAAGACGGACCCAGAUAAAGGCACAAGAUCAGUGAAAGCGUGCUUUGCCUUGCCUUGCCAUUGCGAGUCUCGUUGCACGGCAUCGAAUCGCUGCCUAGCGGCAUGCCGCAUCUCUCUCGCUGUCGAUCAAUCACCGCCUAUUGCUCCUCUCAAUCUCGCAAUUCGUUGUCCUCUCCGCCUUGCUGCCCAAUUCUGCGCCGAUGUCUGGGUUUCAGAAGUUGGGUUUCUGUGGAUUGUAGCGUUGGGUGGGUUGGACGAAAGCGUUGCGCUUGCGCUUGGGCUUGUCGAUGGGCGAGGGUUAGGUCGAUGUGAAUUGCGGCAGGAGCGGUGCUGAUUGUGGCACUGAGAUGUGUGCCAAGAGAGAGUGAGCGAGAUUUAUUGGUUCGAGAGUUUUGUUGGCGUCUGAAGAGGUUUAGGGUAUGCGGGGUUGGCACUUGGAUCCAAUGUGAGGGGAGGGGGGGGGGGGAGUUGUUGGGGGAGAAGCAAGCAUGGUGGUGGCCUCUCGAUGAGCGGCGUGCGAGGGAGAGGACGGGGUGGGGGAAGCAGCGGGAUAGGGAGGAGGGGGAGGCGGACGGUGAUGUGGUGCACGCUAUGCAGGAAUUGUAUCGUCGGAGCAAUUAGGUCUGUAUCUCUCUGCGGCAAUUGACAUCAACCGCGGCUAAUUUGUGGUGCAUUAAGGAGCGUUUCAAAUUGAAUCGAGUUCCGAAGUGGAUAUUGAAUCGCCUUUUAGCAAGUUGGGGUUGAUGGGGUUGUGUACUUUAAGGAUGCGUGAGGCGGUGCCGUGAUUUUCAGUCGCUUAUUCGAUCCAUUAGGAUUGCAGAGAACUUACAGCAUUGUGCGCUUGUUCUACUUUGCACUGAUGAGGACAGUUUGAACCUCGAGAGCAAAGUAGUUGGGUAGUUUGGGUGGGUGGUACAUGGUGUAAAUGAUAUCAAGACCGAGAGUAGAUGUCGAGAACUGGCCAUCCAUGAGCGUUCUGGUCAGCCCUAAGUCUUUCUAUGCAGAUCGAUUAUGUCAUCGUUUUUAUCAUUGUUAUUUGGGCCAUGGCAGUGGAAAAUGAUUGCAUUUCGGCCUUAUAUAUUGAAGAAAUUGUACAAACCAAUGUUGAGAGUUCUCAGAGUGUAACUAGCAAAGAUGCUGAAUGUGAAGCAACAAGUCUCAUUCCUGGCCUACCCAACGACCUAGCCCUGCAGUGUCUGGCCCGAGUACCACGGAGGCAUCACUUGAGUCUACGAUGUGUGUGUAAAGAAUGGCGCAAUAUGAUUGCCAGUGAGUACUACUAUUCUCUACGAAAGAGAUUGAAGCUGACCGAAGGUUGGAUCUAUGCUUUCAGCCGGGAUUACUUUGAAUGCUUGCACUGGCAUGUGUUGGAUCCAGUUACUCGGUUGUGGAAGGAGCUUCCUAGCAUGCCCGGCGAUUGCUUACGCAGAUAUGGUGUCACUUGUUCAGUCGUGGAAAGGGAACUCUACGUCAUGGGCGGGGGCGGUAAGUUUCACGUUCCUAGCCCCGAAGUCUACAAAUACGACCCAGUGAAAAAUGAGUGGACAGAAGCUGCUGCAAUGGAGACAGCCCGCUGCUAUUUUGUUAGCGGUGCUCUUAAUGGCCGUCUCUACGCUGUUGGGGGUAUGGGUGUCACCUCUUCUGCUUUAACGUCUUGGGAAGUUUUCAACCCUGAGACAAACGAAUGGUUUUUCCGAGAAGAUCCAAACGUUGUGUCUGACUUGGGGGAGUCACUUGUAAUGGAUGGUAAGAUCUAUGUACGACAUGUGAGCGCUUGUCCAGGUUAUAUGGGUUCAUAUGCUGCAGUGUUCGAUCCUGUUGAGAGUUCGUGGGCAGCUGUUGAUAACGAUAUGAUGAAAAAGUGGUGCGGCCCAACAGCCGUCACCGGAAAUGAUGUGUAUAUGCUUGAUCAAUCUUUCGGUAUCAAGCUCAUGGUGCUGGACAAGGAGUCAGGGGAAUGGGGUCGUAUCGGACGUUUCUCGCCACAUUCCAUCAGGUUGCCUUGCAGACUCGCCGCAAUAGAGAAGAACUUGUACGUCGUCGGCCGGGGUUUGAAGACGCUUGUUUUGAACACCGAAAAGACUGGCAUUGUUAGUGGUGGAAUGUUAGUGGCAUCAACAAUCAAUGGUUUGCCAGAUUCUGAAGACGUUGUUUUAAGCUGCCAUGUCAUAGAGCUAUGAUCUAACCUUAUUCAGUUUCACGAAGCCCGACAGGGCUUAAAAUGGCGACCAUGCUAACUGGUCUCAGGAUUUACUCAUUUCAGACUUGCUCUCGUAACCUAAUUGGAAAUCUGACUGAUUCGAAAUUUGCCAUCACUAGUCUUUAAAUGGACGCUGUAGGGUUCAUGAGCUUGCUGGUGAAUGUUCGACGCAAAUACUCUUUUGUAGCACGCAGCGCUUUUUAUUUAUACAUUUGAUUCUCCUCUUCUGGCACUUAGCUAAGCUCAAAAUAAGCGCUGCAGCUAUGUACAGUUGCGACAUUACUCUUUCAGUUUGUUGUAAGCAAAGACUGGAAGUUUAGUAGGGUACUUUCAGUCCUUUUGGGGAAAGCUCACGCUUGUAAGUUAUUCUAAGAUUUUUUAACAAGCUGUAGUAACAAGUUGUCAGAGUAGCUGCUCUA